GGAGCUAUUGUUGGCAGCAUGACAGCUCUAAUCUUCGACAUAUGGAUAGCAGUUGGAGCCCAGUUAUAUGGGAAGCGGCCGGUUAAAUUAAUCCAGAACCCUAUCAGUGGGUGUUUCCCCAACAACCUCACGGUAGCAAUGAAUGCGUCGUUGGUGAACAUUUAUAACACAACGAUGACUUCUACUCCGUACGAUGAAGCUGGACACAUAAGCAUGCCAUCAAAUAGUCAAGUCACAUCAAAUGAAGGUUUUUUCCUGUACAACAUUUCCUAUGUCUGGUACGGAUUUAUGGGAUUCUUCCUGACCCUGAUCAUUGGCAUCUUCGUCAGUUUGUGUUCAGGUGGUGAUCGAGGAGAACCUGUGGAAGCCCACCUUAUCUUCCCGAUCUUUAGGAAACUGUAUGGCCUGAAAUCCAACUCAACAUACGAUUUGGCAGAAAUGGAUGAUAAGAUUCCUCCGACAGCAACGAGCCAGUCUAUUGAGAACAAACCACACACCACAUCUGAGUACCACAAUGAAAGGUCGCCAUUUCCCCAAUCUACCGCCGAAAACGCGAGUGCAUUAUAUUUGUAA